AGAUAUAAAUGUAAGAUAAACUCGGUUAGAAAUUUAAAGGUAAUGAAAAAGAAUGUCAAAGAUGGAAUAGUGUGUGAAGUGUGCGGUGUGUUGACACUCCAAUGUCUUGAUACGCUCCCUAGACACGCUCCACUGGUCAGAUAUGAAUGCAUAUGGAUGAUUUCAUUAUUCUACGGAAUGCAGUGGUUUUCAACUUUACGGAUGACCUCUCCUCAGGGGGAGAAAAGAUGAUCGCGAACAGAAGUCUGAAUCUACACGAGACAAGUCUGUAAUUACUGAAGUUCAAUAUAUCGAUCAGGACGCGACAACAGGUGAUAGGACAAAACAUACCUGGUGUUUACAAAAUGUUAUCUACCUGUAAACAAGCGAGAGUGUCGAUAUGAUGACACUUUUUUGUUGUCAUUUCAAAAUGUGGCUUUGUUUUGGCGAUGAGGAUGAGUGAUUUUAGCAAAAGGCACUGAAACCGCGCGUAAGAAAUAACGAUACCGUAAUGUUCAGUGAUAAUGGACCCGUGACCUCGUGUUUGGAAAAUGUGCAGUUUGUUCCGUCCUUUUGGAUGUAGUACAGUCCUUCUUUUAAUGUCCAAUACAUGUAGACAGACAAUGAUGACUAGAACGUGGACGGAAGGAAACGUAAUUUAUGACAUUGGAUUGUGUGUAUGUUGUUAUUAAUUAAUGAGCUAAAGAUGGAGUUAAUUAAAUGGCCUUGUGUUUACAUAAUAGACGGUACUCUGUUUUAAAUGUACCAGGGGUCUACUUAUUCGCAGUAUGUCAUUUCUUGUACUCAGUCGGAACCCAGACCCCAUAUUUUGAUUCUAUGAAUAAGAAUUUUCCAUUGAAUUUCUGUGUGUUCGUUACUACUGUGUGACACGUUUUGUGUCUCUGAGUGCUGUCAAUGCGAAAUCGGAUUAACUUGUGUGUACAGUCAGAUAAUUAAACUGUGCUUCUUGAAUUCUUGUAUGUUUUGAUGUAAUAAUUAUGUCACAAUACAGUACCCAAUUACACAAAUCCAGGGAGUUGAUUAUAACUUAGAUAGUACGCUGUCAAAAUGAAAAUAUACCUAUAAUUUACCUUUGAACGGUGCUGAAUACCUGUUAACAUGAAAAUACCAACUCCACCCGACAACAAAAGACUACCGCAAAUAUGACAGUGACUUAUUCCAAUGCGUUAAGGAAGAAAUGUGUCAAAUGAUAAAAUAAAGGAUGGUACACUGUAGUCUGUACAUUGCAGAAACUGACUCUCUAUUGUUUAUGCUGAAGCAACAAGAACAACUCCGUUCAACUCAAUAGAAAAUUUGGGAUAAGAUUUUUACUUAGGAGGAAUUUUAAUUAAUAUACAGUAUGGCGUCAUUUUAUUUGUUCAUUCUUCUUUCCCUGGGUUGUUUCAUAUUUGUCCCAGUUUCCUGUUACCAGCAAUGUCAUGCGAAUCCUCUGGUUAUAAACCCCACUGCGCAGGUGCGGUUUGCCGUAGUGAGCAGCAUCCGUCAGAGCACGAGGACGGAGGAAUGCUAUAAAGUAUCCCAGAAUGCAGUUCAGUACUUGGCUGCAAUAGAAUGGGCCGUCAACAUCAUCAACUCCGCAGGUUAUCUGAAGGUUCUGUCUCUCGGAUUUGAUGUGUAUGACGAUUGUGGCUUAGAUAGGCUCAGUACAUACAGCGCCAUGAAUGCAGUCAGUACAGAUUUCCCAUCCGUGUUGACCAACUGUGGUAGCAACAGGACUAUCCUCAACUUAGGCAUCCUUGGCACAUCAAGAAGUCAGACAUCCUAUAGUAUUGUAAAGCUGUUGAAGGACACAAAUAUACCCAUGCUGAGCCCCUUUGCUUCUCUUCCUGAGCUCAGUAACUAUGACAACUUCUUGCGGACCACACCCAGUGACACAGAACAGGUCAAGGCAAUCGUUCAGUUGCUUGUGGAACUAAGAUGGACGUACGUGGCCGCUAUCCAUACAGAUGACAAUUAUGGUUUCAGUGGGAUAAGUGAAAUAAAGGCUUUAGCAAAAUCUCGUAAUAUUUGUGUUGAUGUCGUGGAAAGUGUUGGACCCUCAGAAGACUUUAGCUCAGAUAUUACAAGACAAAAUUUGUAUAACAAAUUGGAGCAACAGCAGAGUCGUGCUGAAAACAAAAGACUAGGUGUCAUCUACUUUGGAAACAAGAAUGUGAUCAAAUCACUAUUGAGUCGUUUUCGAUUGGAUAACAAAUUCAGGGAGUUGAUUUGGUUAAUGACGGAUUUUGUUGGAAGAAGUGAAGACGUUUUCAGCGCAUUUGAGAAUGUUUCCAGUGGUUAUAUAACGGUUUCUUCUGCCUCUACAUCAAUCACUGGAGCCAAAAAUCACUAUUUGGAAAAAUGGCGGAAUAGGAACUCUGCAUCCAGUGAUCCAAUCGAGAGAUUAUUGAAUGAAAUUGGAAACGAGGCUCAAGAGAGCUAUCGCCUGGAUUAUGUUCGCCCUGUAGUGGAUGCAGUGUUUGCUAUGGCAACAGCUUUCAAUGAUGUAUUCAAAGAAAAGUGCCAGAGUUACACAGCAAUGUGUGAUGAUUUUGAGGAAUAUCUGCAAACUAACUUUUUACAGAAGUUGAAAACUGUAGAUUUUUCUUACAGUUCACUGAAUGCUUCACAAGAACCAAAGGAACUGAUCGAGCAGGAAAGGAGAAUCCAGUUUACCGCAAACGGAGACUAUGUCGCCUUAGAAUCGACGCCGUUAUACGAUAUUAAUGUCUUCAGAAAUGGACAAUUUGUAAAGGUUGGAGAGUUUGUCAAUCAAACACUACAAGUAAACAGUUCAUUAUCCCCAUACUCACUUUCGUCUUGUUCUGGAGUCUGCGAGAAUUGUCAGAUGAAACCAGAAAUCCCCUACCGUUAUUAUUAUGGCGGAAAUAAGAGUCAAGCUAUUAUACUAGGAAUAUUUCCACUUCACACCAUAAACGACACCAGUACAUAUGGCUGUGGAGAACUAAACACAGGAUCUUACUUUGUCUUAGCUGUGGAAGCGUUCUUCUUCGCAGUUAAGGAAAUCAACGAAAAGACAAACAUGGGUUUCAGUGCUCUGGCGUUUGAUGAUUGUUACAGUCAUAACAGGAUAUCACUGACUUUAUCCCAGUUCUUGUCCGGAAAACUAAAAGUUCCAGACGGCAGAGGAAGUUUUGUUGACCCUGAAAAUAUCGUGACAGUGAUAGGUGCAGCAGCUAGUGGCGUUACUGUCCCCAUGACGUUUCAGUUUACCUCCCUUGGUAUACCAGUGAUCAGCUAUGCCUCUUCCUCUCCAGAUCUAGAUGAUCGAGUCAAUUAUCCGUACUUUCUGAGGACGGUUCCCAGCGACGUGGAUCAGGCCAGAGCGAUGAUAGAGAUUGCCAAACACCUCAAAUGGCAAUACAUUGGCGGGAUUCUGUACGUGAACAAUAAUUAUGGAAGUAAAGGGAAGGAACUGUUGAUGCAGUAUGCUAAUGAGAGCGACAUUUGUAUUGGCAAAGCGAUUGAGAUUGAAGAAGGUGAAGAUAACUCAUUUAAUGUGAUCGAUGAAAUGAAAAGAACCAGUUCUGAUGUAUUUUUGUAUUUUGGCACAGACGUUCGUCUGAAGUCGUUGUUAGAGAAAAUGAAGAAGGACAAUUAUAACAGUGUUGUGUUCCUCGCAAGUGAAGAUUGGGGUGAGAGACAGGACAUUCUAGAUGAGUAUGGGGAUUUUGUGAAAGGUUCAAUCACGUCUAAGUUUGAGACAAGAUCGGCCGUGGAGGGUUUCGGUCCUUAUUUAGCCUCUCUUAAACCGGAUGUUCAGGCAAGUAAUGACUGGUUUCGGGACUUCUGGGCCAACUUUUUCAAUUGCAAUCCUCCUGGAAUGUUUGACAAGACUAAAGACGUCGAUUGUCCCGAGAACAAGAAAUUUACCGAUACAAAUCUGGAGACAUUCCUGAAAAAUCAGCGUAUUGUACAUGUUAUGAAUGCUGUCUUCGCUGUGGGAACUGCAAUGGAGAAAGUGAAAGAUAAACUGUGUAUGGGUGUUAGCUUCCCCUGUAAAAAUAUAAAAGGCCAUGUUGAUGAGGUAGUUACCGAGAUCCAGAAUGUAGAAUUAACAGUAAGGGGGUCUGCGUUUUCUGUGUUCAACUCCAGAAGGAAUGGAAAUGUAGGAUUUCAGAUUCUUAAUAUACAGAAAACCGACAUCAAUUCAUACCAGUACAGACAGGUUGGUGAGUACCGAAAUGACCAAUUGACGCUGACUUCCGGUUUCCGAUUUUACAAUAUCAGCGGUAAUCCAAGGGCGAUAAGAGCUGGCUGCACGGGGGACACCUGUCUACACUGUGUGUUCUCGUCAACCAAAGUGACUACUGAUGCGUCUCUAGUGACCACGCAAACUGAAUCUGAAGCCUUUCGCAUGGCCGAAAUCAUUCUGAUCAUCUUAAUCGGGACUUUGCUUGUUCUCUUCAUUUUAUCACUGAUUGUCAUAACCAGAUACUUCAAAAGCAAAAUGAAAGAUUUACGGAUUCGCGUCUUGGAAAACAAACCAAAAGUAAUGUAUGUCAACGAAGACCGUUUUUCUGUGUUGAACCCUUUGCCUACCGGAAAUGGAAUCACUUUCCAAAAUCCGGGUCAUUCAAAUGGUUCUGUUAUACCUAGCAAUGACGGAUCCUCGGGUCUGCCUGGACAUGAUAAUCAGGCAUUUGUCCGAGAAAGUUACAAUCACUUAGGUGGCGGGUCCGGAAGUUCACCUCGAGUGAAUCGCUUAGAUUACUCUCCUCUCUCACAGUACCCACCAGGCGUGAAUCCGGAUUUGCUAGACCAAAGUGCCGCGAGAGGCAGAACAAAACGAGCGAGUGAAAGCCAGGAGUUUCGUCCUGAAUUGCCCCCGCGAGAUCACCCACCACCAAGAAAGUACAAUAGUAGCUCAUCCCUCGAUAGUGGAGGAGCAACCACCCCAACGGUCCCAAAAAUGGGGAUCACACGUUCCAUGUUGGUUAAUGGACAGGUUUCUAAUGACAAUGGAACGCCUUCCCCUACAGGACCAAAAACAGGGCGAAUGCUUCCUUAUAUUGACCCAGUUACACAAACUGUAUCCCCUUUAGCAUCGCCCACUCAUUCUUCUUCAUCAUCCGGUCAAAGGCCUAUAUCAUCUCCACCGCGGGGAAUAUUACGGACUGUGUCGCCUUCUGACCAAGUUCUUUUUUCUCCAAGUAAUCCAGUCGGAGUUCAUCACAAAGCAGCAGAGAAUUACUCACAAGGAAUUCAUUCGCAUAAUGGGAGUGCUUCGCCGGAAGAGAUCUCCGCGGAAUUUCCGCCACCCCCAGAUUUUACACAAUUGACACCAGCUUCCGUCCCUCAAACAGCUAAAAUAAAGUCGCGGAUCAGCAGCAGUCGGUCCGCAGAGGAAGCCGCGAGGAUUUCAAGAGUUUGAUUUUAUUCUAUCGUAUGGUAUCUAAAUUUAGUCGGAACGGAUUCAGUUCUUUGUAUCCAUUUAAUUCAGGGGAGAUUAUUUGGAGUAUACUCUGCCAAUCAUAUCUAGCGAAGAGAUGCAUAAUACUG